AUGGCUGUUAUAUGUUUGCGAUACCUACUGAUGGAGGAUCUGGAAAAUGAAAAAUACUAUUCUCGCUCUAACAAUGGAAGCUUUCUAGAUUAUUCCGCUUCAUAUUGGCCAGACCACAGACGAAGAAUGAGUGUGGCCCAGGACCAAAAGGCGACCAAUCAAAUACGGCAAAUGUACGAUAUGAGUAGAAAUGGAUUUUCAUUGUGGUAUCAUGUUUUUUGGAGGUCUAUCGACCGUUGGAAUUUUCCGCCGUCAAUGACUGCUUUACAUCUGGCAUCAUUUAUUGGGCAUGAGCGCGAGGUUGAGUUUCUACUGUCUCUUGGGGGGAAAGAUAUCAAUUCGAUCGAUGGUACCGCAAGCUAUCCUAUUAUCUCGGACUCCCAGAAUGGUUAUGAGAAAGUAGUGCAGUUACUGCUCGAGAAAGGAGCGGAGGUCAAUGCCCAAGGUGGAGAGUAUGGAAAUGCACUCCAGGCUGCGUCUUCCAAAGGACACGAUAGGAUUGUGCAGUUACUGCUCGAGAAAGGAGCGGAGGUCAAUGCUCAAGGUGGAAAGUAUGGAAAUCCUCUCCGAGCUGCGUCUUUCGAAGGACACGAUAUGGUCGUGCAGUUACUGCUUGAGAAAGGAGCUGAGGUCAAUGCUCAAGACGCACGCUAUGGGAGUUCUCUCCAGUCUGCGUCUUACGAAGGUAAUGAUAAGAUCGUGCAUUUACUGCUCAAGAAUGGGGCUGAGGUCAAUGCUCAAGGUGGACAGUAUGGAAAUGCUCUCCAAGCUGCGUCUUCCGAAGGACACGAUAACAUCGUGCUGUUACUGCUUGAGAAAGGAGCUGAGGUAUAA